AUGAGUAAGGAACUGUCUUUGAGUCAAUCCGCUCAAUAUGUCGGGCCCUAUCGGCUGGAAAAAACACUGGGGAAGGGACAAACAGGACUGGUUAAGCUCGGUGUUCACUGCAUCACCGGUCAAAAGGUGGCCAUUAAAAUCGUCAACAGAGAGAAGCUGUCUGAGUCGGUGUUGAUGAAGGUUGAAAGGGAAAUCGCCAUCCUAAAACUCAUUGAGCAUCCUCACGUGUUGAAGCUGCACGAUGUAUAUGAGAAUAACAAGUACCUAUACCUGGUGUUGGAACAUGUAUCAGGAGGAGAACUGUUCGAUUACCUGGUUAAGAAAGGCCGUCUCACUCCUAAAGAAGCCAGGAAGUUCUUCAGGCAGAUCAUCUCUGCUUUGGAUUUCUGCCACAGUCACUCCAUCUGCCACAGAGACCUGAAGCCCGAGAACCUGCUGCUGGAUGAGAAGAAUAACAUCCGCAUCGCUGACUUUGGUAUGGCAUCACUCCAGGUGGGUGACAGCCUGUUAGAGACCAGCUGUGGAUCACCACAUUAUGCGUGCCCUGAAGUCAUACGGGGGGAAAAGUAUGACGGAAGGAGAGCAGAUGUAUGGAGCUGCGGGGUCAUUCUUUUUGCUCUGCUGGUGGGCGCCCUGCCGUUCGACCAUGACAAUUUGCGUCAGCUUCUGGAGAAAGUGAAGAGCGGCGUGUUCCACAUGCCACACUUCAUCCCCCCGGACUGCCAGUCCCUGCUCAAGGGCAUGAUUGAGGUCAACCCUGAAAAGCGUCUCACGCUGGACACCAUUCAGAAACAUGCCUGGUAUCUGGGUGGCCGUAAUGAGCCUUGUCCUGAGCAGCCUCCUCCCAGAAGAGUGUGUGUUAGGCGAAUCUUAUCCUUGACUGAGCUGGACCCAGAUGUGUUGGACAGCAUGCACUCACUGGGCUGUUUCAGAGACCGUGUCAAGCUCACGCGUGAUUUGCAAUGUGAAGAAGAAAACCAGGAGAAGAUGAUAUAUUACCUACUACUAGACAGGAAAGAGCGUUACCCCAGCUACGAGGACGAGGAUUUGCCUCAACGCAAUGACGCCGAUCCUCCCCGAAAGCGCGUGGAUUCCCCCAUGCUGACGCGCCAUGGUCGCUGCCGUCCUGAGAGGAAGAGCCUGGAGGUGCUGAGUGUCACAGAACAAGGCUCUCCCACGCCUCCUCGUCGUGCUCUAGACGCCGCACACAGCCAGAGGUCUCGCUCAGUGAGCGGAGCAUCCACUGGUCUGUCCUCUAGCCCUCUCAGUAGUCCCAGGGUCACUCCCCAGGGCUCUCCGUUGCCCACGCCCUUGGGCACCCCUGUCCACCACCCUCACCACCCCUCCUCUACCCCGCCUUCCUCCUCCUCAUCCUCAUCCUCCUCGCGGGCAGAAGGAGGGGGCGGGGUGGGCUCUCUGUCACUCACCCCACCCUCAAGCCCUGGAGGUGGAAGCGGACUUGCAGCCAGCAGCUCUGCGCAUUGGAGGACUCGUCUCAAUUCUUUUAAGAACAACUUACUGGGCUCGCCGCGGUUUCAUCGUCGCAAACUGCAAGUUCCAACAUCAGAGGACAUGUCCAGUUUAACUCCAGAAUCCAGCCCCGAGCUGGCCAAGAAGUCUUGGUUUGGGAACUUCAUUGGCCUGGAGAAAGAGGAGCAGAUCUUUGUGGUGAUCAGAGACAAACCUCUGAGUUCUGUCAAAGCUGACAUUGUCCACGCCUUCCUGUCUAUCCCGUCACUCAGUCACAGCGUCAUCUCCCAGACAAGCUUCAGGGCCGAAUACAAGUCCUCCGGCGGCCCUUCCGUCUUCCAGAAGCCCGUCAAGUUCCAGGUGGAUAUUGCCUUCUCCGAGGGAGAGAGGGAGCGGGACAGGGAGAGGACCGAGAGGGAGGGAAGGAGGGAGACGGGAAUCUACAGCGUGACGUUCACCCUCAUAUCAGGUCCGAGUCGCAGGUUCAGACGAGUGGUGGAAACGAUUCAAGCCCAGCUUCUCAGCUCCCAUGAUCAACCCCUGGUGCAAGCCUUAUCUGUGACUUUCCUGUUCUCGUCUGCUGAUCCCUUCCCAGACGAGAAGAAUGGCCGACCCCACAGGACCCCCACCCGCCAAAAUUCCAGGCGCUCAGAGGGUGGGGGCGACAGGUGCGAGUGGGGUGACCGAGCCGACGGCGGAGGCAUAGGAGGCAGCGGGGGAGUUCUCCAGCGCAGAGGCUCGGCAAAGGAGAGAACCCGACUGCUGUCCACCAACGGAACCCAAUCGCAACCGUAG